UUGCAGCCUAAAGCACUCUCUAAUCGAAGCAACCUGAUUUCCAAACCAUUUAGAUGACAUUUCAAACAAGUUGUUCCGUCGAUUCGCCUAAUUUUUCGUAUCUCAAGUUUUUUUUUCUAUCACGUUCAAAAUGCGAGGUUGGGGAUUCCGUGAAGCAUUGAAAUAUCCAUUGUUGUGGCCCCUUUACGGCCUCUGCAUUGCCGAUCUCUCCUGGCUGACCUUCAGCGCCACAAGGACCCUCCUCUACAAUCCGGACGUGGUGCUGGACCACAAAAACAAUCCGGAACCGUGGCAGGCCUACCGCGAGGGGCGCUAUCGGCUGUGGGCCGGCACCUACGACUAUUCCAAACUAAAAUGCAAGGCCCCGAUCUUCAAAGACAACGACGUGAUUCCGGUGGAUGACGGUAACAACUAAAAACCCCCUAACCCCGAGAGGUCGUUCGAAGAAUUCCAGUUGUGCCAAGAAGCACGCGAAAAUGAUUCGAUUUGGCGGUAGCUUCCUUUCAAUUAUUCAACUUUAUUAAACUUACUUUUCGACCACA